AUGGCGGAGCCUGGCGGCCGGGCUGGCGGGUCUCACCUGGAAGGCAAAUCUUCUGAAGGAGAAGAGGACCAGAAUCAUGAAGGCAACAGGGUAUCACCGAUAGAGAAGAGCAGUGACCAGAGAAAUGAAGAAACUGAGGGUGCUACAGAGCAUUCUGAAGGGGAAAUCAAAAACGAUGGGGAAGUCUCAGCCCAGGGGAAAGAUGACGAUGAGGAAGUCAAAAUCCAAGGGGAAAUGGAAACGGAAGAGGAAUUCGAAUUUGAACAGGAGUUAGAAUCUGAUAUUGAAGCCACGGCCCCUGAAGGGGAAGUCACUUCUCCAGAUCUGGCUUACUCAGACAGCAGUCCUGGGGAGGUGGCCAGAGAUGAAGUUGGCCCCACACGCCAGCAUGAGAGAGCAAGGAGGAAAACAGGUCUUGAAGACGGAGAGGACCCCAGCCCAUCCAGAUCCAGAGGAGCGGGGGUCAUCUCCACAGAGCCCUCCCAGCAAGUAUCAGGCUCAUCUGAGCAAACGGACCAGGAAUCGAGAGCGCUCCGGCAGAAGGUCUUUCCUCUGGGGGCUCAGCACCGCCUCGGACAGAGCCGGGGGAGCAGCAACACAUCCCUGGACUUUGACGAGCCACCUCUGGUUACCGAGGGCCCCUCCACGCAGGAGCCAGAGCCUGAUGCCCACCCCAGGGAAGAAGCCACAUCCUCAUUCCUGGACAGGAUCCAGCAGUUAAGUAUGGCCGAGGAAGGAGGCCUGGUGGAGAGUGUGGAGUCUGAGGCCAGCGACGAGGCCAAAGAAGACAGAUCCCAGCUGGUGGUUUUGGACCCAAACCAUCCCCUGAUGAUAAGAUUCCAGGCUGCCCUGAAGAACUAUCUUAACCGGCAAAUAGAGAAACUGAGGCUGGAACUUCAAGAGCUGGGCGUGGCCACCAAGCAAAGCCUAGUCCACCGGCAGGAGCUGGGGGUGGACCUUUACGGGGUCCAGCAGCACCUGGCCCGCCUGCAGAUGCAGCUUGAGAAGAGCCACGACCGCCACUCGAUCACAGCGUGCGAGAGGCGGAGGAAGGAGGAGGAGCUGCAGAGCGUGCGCUUGCGCUACGCCAGGACCUGCGAGACCGCCGGCGAGGAGCGCAAGAAGCUGGCAGCUCUGCAAACCGAGAUGGAGACCCUGGCUGUGCAUCUCUUCUCCAUGCAGAACGUAGACCAGGACGUGCGUGACGACAUCCGGGUGAUGAAGCGAGUCGUGAAGAAGUCGGAAGCCGAGCGCGUGCGGGCCGAGUUGCAGAAGCGGCGGCAGGACCUGCACGUGGACCAGCUGACCACCCGAGCUGACCACCUGGAAGAACAGAUUGCCCUGUUCGAGGCCCAGUACCGCGCACAGGCUGAGGACACCCGGACGCUCAGGAAGGCAGUGAGCGAGGCCUGCACGGAAAUAGAUGCCAUCAACAUAGAGAAAAAGCGCAUCCUGCAGCAGUGGGCCAGCAGCCUGGUGGGCAUGAAGCAUCGUGACGAGGCUCACAAGACCAUCCAAGAGGCACUCAGCGAAUGCCAGCAUCAAGUCAAGUCCAUGGAUGGCGAGCUCGAAGCCUAUAAGAAAUCCAUCAUAAAGGAGGAAGAAAAGAACGAGAAGCUGGCCAGUAUCCUGAACCGGGCAGAGACGGAAACCAGCCUGAUGCAGAAACUGACUUCGCAGUGCCUGGCCAAGGAGGAGGCCCUGCAGAAUGAGUUCAGCACCUAUAGGCUCACCCUGCUGGACACAGAGGACGCACUGGGCAAGGCCCACAUGGAAUACACGGCAACCAUAGGCCAAUUGCAGACUCUCCACCAGACCAUCCAGCAUGAGCUGGAGCUGGGGAGGAAGAUGGAUGCCUCCAUCGUGGAGAAGCUGCAGGAGCACGUGACCUCCAACAGGAUGACAAAGUACUUCCACCAGCUCAUCCUGAAGCUCCAGAAGGAAAAGACCAACCUGGUGACACAUCAUUCCAAAAUUGACGGCGACAUUGCUCAGACCACCCUGGACAUCACGAACACCAGCUGUAGGCUGGACAUGCAUCAGAAGACACUGGCUGAGCUGGACAAGGAAGUGAAAAAAGUCAACGACCUCAUCACAAACAGUGAAAAUGAAAUCUCCAGGCGCACAAUCCUGAUUGAGAGAAAGCAAGGCCUCAUCAACUUUUUGAACAAGCAGCUGGAGCAGAUGAUUUCUGAACUCGGGGGGGAAGAAGUGGGGCCCCUGGAGCUGGAGAUCAAGAGGCUGACCAAGAUGAUCGAGGAGCACAACGCCGGCGUGACGCAGGCCCAGGUGACCUGGCUCCGGCUGCAGCAGGAGAUGGUGGCGGCCACGCAGGGACGUGAGGAACACCUGGCCUCCCUGGACAUGUCCAAGAAGGAGAUCCACAUCCUGGAGCAGAAGAAACUACGGAUAGAAAACAAGAUCGACCAGGAGAAGAAAGAGCAGAAGCAAAUCGAGCGGCACAUGAGGGACCUGGACAACGACCUGAGGAAGCUCAACGUGCUGAUGAACCAGAACAGACGCAGCUCCGAGGAGCUGCACCAGGGCAACCUGGCCACCGAGGGCGAGUUCGUGCGUGCACUCAAGGCCUCGGAGCGAGAGACCAUCGAAAUGCAGGAGAAGCUGAACGAGCUCAGGGAGGAGAAGGCGGCCGUGCUCAACAGCCUGGUGGAGGCGGAACACCAGAUCAUGCUUUGGGACAAAAAAAUCCAACUGGCAAAAGAGAUGCGCGCCUCAGUGGAUUUCGAGACGGGCCAGACAGAGAUCAGGGCCAUGAAGGCCGAGAUCCACAGGAUGAAGGUCAAGCACAGCCAACUGCUGAAGCAGCAGGAGAAGAUGAUCCGGGACAUGGAGCUGGCUGUCGCCCGCAGAGAGACCAUCUCCACUCGGGCCGAGGGGCAGUGCAAGAUGGACAAGAAGCUGCUCACCCGCACAGACUUCCACCGCAGGCAGACCGAGCUGAGACGGAAGAUCAGGGACAUUCACAAGGCCACCGAGGAGUGCACCCAAACCAUCCUAGAACUGGAAGAAACUCAAAAAUCCUUGAGCGACUCCCUCCUGGAGAAGCAGGAGCAGCUGUCAAGCAUGCAGGCCAAGGCCGACGAGCUCGAAGCUGGCCUGUACCAGCUGACAGCCCUCAAGCGACAGAACCUUUCCACACUCGUGGCCCUGCAGUCACGCCUCAAGCACCUGCAGGCCGUGAAGGACGGGCGCUACACCUUCCUGCUCCGCAAUAAGCAGUCACUGCUGGCAGAGCUCAAGCGGCUGGACGACCGCCUGGCCGGCAUCAGCACCAUCCUCCACCACGUGAAGGACGAAUACCCCCAGUUCCAGGAGGCCCUGCUCAAGGUCAGCCGGUCCAUCAGCAACAGGCUGGAGUCAUCCGGGCCCUAG